AGCAGAAGUAUUUUAUGUGGUUAAAGCUAUCUUUCUAAAAUGUGAGUCGAAGCUGAGAACCAAGGACUUAUUUUGUGUUUGGAGUGUUGGAUCCUUGGAAGACCAAAUCUAUGGGUACCCUGACCUUUUAAAAGGAAUAUUACAGUCUUCCUUUUAGAAAAUUUGUUUAAGAAAAUGCUUGGAGAAGCUUUCCUAAUUGAACUGCUAUACAAAGAAAAGAAAUAUAUAAAAUCUUGCAAACCAGUAACAUGUAAGAAGACCUCAAAUAAUGAAAAAGAAACUUGGAAAAUUAGGCUUUUGGAUACAGAAGACAAUUCACUUCCCCCUCUUAAGAGGGAAAAUCAAGAAAAUGUUAUGGAAGGAUGUUUAACUGAACAAAGUCAUGGUACAAAUCAAAUAAAAUCUGUGGUAAAAUGCAAAAAUACACCUGUUCUAGGAAAUGUAUCCAUUGCAUUGACCAUUCCAAAGAGAGAACAACAUGAUGAAAGACAAGUGGAUUUAUAUCGAUCCUGGUCAUGUACCAGUAUUUGCCAGAAUUAUCCUGAUCUACAGAUUGGAGGUGAUCAUGUGGGGAACAUGUAUGAUUCAGGUUGCUUUGUGGAACACACACAUGAUGAUAUUUCUAAUGGUCCUCUUUUACUUUCAGUGGAUAUACCAUUGGGCCAAUCUAUCACUGAGCCUCUCCAGAAAAAAAACACCUCAAAGUUAUUGAAUUGGGAUGAAAUUCGAGAAAAAAGUAUGUUGUUUCAUAAGCAGCCUCUCUCUAAUUCUAUGCUUAAUAACUAUAUGGAAAAAAAGGUGGAUGAACUCUAUAAACAGUUUUUGGAAGAAAAUCUCACCAGGUGUUGCUCCAUAACCAAUCUUAUAGCUUCCAAUCUGCUAAUGAACAAUGUAAAUCAGAUUAGUCUUCAAAUCUCCCAAGAGCAGAACAUAGAAGCAUCAAAAACUCAGGAAGCUCUCCUGCACUCUUUAGCACUAUGUAAUCUUCGUAACAUUUCCCAUGGAACCAGUUCUGAAUUCAGCACUCCUAACUUACAAAUAUCAAACCAAACAGGUAGGGAACUUGCAUUACAUUUACAGUAGGAAUCAACUGCACACUGGUUAAACUAACUUAAGAGACCUAACAACAAUCUUCUCUGGCUUAUCAUGUCACAUCUCCUUUGAGGUAUGGUUAUCAUGUUGCUUUAAAAAAUGAUUUGACUCAGUGUACAUCUGAGUUGUUGUAGGAUAUAACUACAAUAACUAAGUUUUAUGAGUGUAUUUUCUUACUGUUUUAACAUCAUUAUUGAUUGCUACAUUCAUGUUUGUAUGCUCUGUGUUUAUCUACAUAAUAGCCACUGGCACACCAAAUCAAUCACCUCACUGUCAUUUAGCUUUAAUUACAGCAAAAGCAGAAUAAGUAGUGCAUGAUUGCUCUAAGCUACUGAAAUGACCACUAGAAGCUAUGUCAGAAUGAGACAUUUAUUCCUCUACAAAAAGUUUAUAGACAUAUGAGUAGUGCUUAAAUUUUCAUUUUAUUUCUUAAAUCAUUCAUUUUAUUUCUUACAUCCAGGAUCUUUUACACUGACAAUCAGAAUAUCCUAGUGAAAUUUUACACACAUUCAUACACACACACACACACACACAUUGUAUGUUUUAUUUUUUGGUAUAUUCUAAUUCCUAAGCAAAGAAAAGAAAUAUACAAAGUUUUGCAAACCACUAACAUGUAAGAAGACCUCAAAUGAUGAAAAGGAAACUUGGAAAAACAAAUUUGUAAAUACAGAAGACAAUUUACUUCCCCAUUAGGAUGGAAAAUUAUAUGCUAUAUGUUGUAUAUUAUGUAUAAGCAUAUAUAUAAUAUAUACUAUAAUUUGUAUAUCAUGAUAUAUAUAUAAUUUUCAUAUAAAAAUUUGGGUAUGGGGUCUAUUAGAAAAUACU